AAUUUGAUGCACACAUGGAUGCCUCGCGCACUCUGCAAAUUCAUCACUAGCAUCUUGCAUUAGUCAUCUGACGGACUGCCAAGUGUUUCAUUUUCUAUCCAUGUGACUUUAUUAUUACCACCUCUCUCCUCUCUUCCAAAAACCUCCAAAAGAGGGCGGGGAGUCGGGGAGAGGAAGAGAAAUCCAGCAGAAAUCCAGCAGAAAUCCAGCCCUGCCUUUCUCUCCCAGCCAGUGCUGAGCAGAUAACACUGCCGGUGCAUUGAUGGCAGCCUUGCAGAUUGAGACCUGCACUUAACUUGCAGCUGCCUCCCAAACCCGGGUUCCGAGAUGUCCACGCCCUGGGUGACAGGCAGCGGGGCGCUGCCCUGUGCUCGGGCGGUGAUGCUGAACAGCAGCACGCAGUGAAAGCCCCGUGCCGCUGCCGAGGAGCAACCUAAUGUAACGGCACAGCCAACAAGAUGAACGGAGCUUUGGAUCACUCAGACCAACCAGACCCAGAUGCCAUUAAGAUGUUUGUCGGACAGAUCCCCCGGUCGUGGUCGGAAAAGGAGCUGAAAGAACUUUUUGAGCCUUAUGGAGCCGUCUACCAGAUCAACGUCCUCCGGGACCGGAGUCAGAACCCUCCCCAGAGUAAAGGUUGUUGUUUCGUAACAUUUUAUACAAGAAAAGCUGCACUUGAGGCCCAGAAUGCACUGCACAAUAUUAAAACUUUACCUGGGAUGCAUCAUCCCAUUCAGAUGAAACCUGCAGAUAGUGAAAAGUCAAACGCCGUGGAAGACAGAAAACUGUUCAUAGGAAUGGUUUCGAAGAAAUGUAAUGAGAACGAUAUCAGAGUGAUGUUUUCUCCAUUUGGCCAGAUCGAAGAAUGCCGGAUUCUCCGGGGACCCGACGGGCUGAGUCGAGGCUGUGCGUUUGUCACAUUUUCUACAAGGGCAAUGGCACAGAAUGCAAUCAAAGCCAUGCAUCAGUCUCAGACCAUGGAGGGCUGCUCUUCACCGAUCGUGGUGAAGUUUGCUGAUACCCAGAAGGACAAAGAGCAAAGGCGCCUCCAACAGCAGCUGGCACAGCAGAUGCAGCAGCUCAACACUGCCACCUGGGGGAACCUGACAGGGCUGGGUGGACUUACCCCACAGUACCUGGCGCUUCUGCAGCAGGCCACCUCUUCCAGCAACCUGGGUGCAUUCAGUGGCAUUCAGCAAAUGGCUGGCAUGAAUGCUUUACAGUUACAGAAUCUGGCCACACUGGCUGCCGCAGCAGCCGCAGCCCAGACCUCAGCCACCAGCACCAACGCAAACCCUCUCUCAACCACAAGCAGCGCCCUGGGUGCCCUYACGAGCCCCGUGGCUGCUUCAACCCCCAACUCCACUGCUGGUGCAGCCAUGAAUUCCUUGACAUCUCUUGGGACUCUGCAAGGACUGGCUGGAGCCACUGUUGGACUGAAUAAUAUUAAUGCACUAGCAGUUGCUCAAAUGCUCUCAGGUAUGGCGGCUCUGAAUGGAGGACUUGGCGCCACAGGCUUGACGAAUGGCACGGCUGGCACCAUGGACGCCCUCACCCAGGCCUACUCAGGAAUCCAGCAGUAUGCGGCAGCCGCGCUGCCCACGCUGUACAGCCAGAGCUUGCUGCAACAGCAGAGCGCUGCAGGCAGCCAGAAGGAAGGUCCAGAGGGGGCAAACCUCUUUAUUUACCACCUUCCACAGGAGUUUGGAGACCAGGACAUUCUGCAGAUGUUCAUGCCUUUUGGAAAUGUUAUCUCUGCUAAAGUCUUCAUUGACAAACAGACCAAUCUGAGCAAGUGCUUUGGUUUUGUUAGCUAUGACAAUCCAGUCUCUGCACAAGCUGCGAUCCAGGCGAUGAAUGGCUUUCAGAUCGGCAUGAAACGCUUGAAGGUGCAGCUGAAGCGCUCCAAAAACGACAGCAAACCUUACUGAUCCCAACCCCAGAGGCUCCCUGCUCUUAUUUUAGCUUUCUUAGGGUAAGUCCCACAAGCCAGCCUGUUCUCAACAGGGAAGGCAGAGGAGGACCACAUUGCCAACUUUUACCAAGAGAGACGGUUAUUUUUACAAUAAGGCCUCCAUUUCCCCCACCCAGCCCCUGACCCAGUCUGCCAUAAUUAAAACUUGGGCUACCUUGUUUAUAUUGAGUCAAUUCCUCCUCCAGUUGUGCCACUGUAUUCUCCUUUGUUUUGCAAUUUGAAUCUCCUUUUACCUUUUUUUUAAAUUUUUUUUGUUUUCAUUUUUGCUUUUUUAAAGAAAAACAUAUAUACAAAUAAAUGACAUCUUGAGAAUUUAAAAGGCAAACAAAUGCUGAUGUGCAAUUCUAACUCUGAAACCACUGGUGCCCCGAGAGCACUGCCUGGAGCAUUCACCCCUCCUUGUCCGCGCCCACCCCUGCGGAGGGCCCCCUGCGUUUAGCGAGGUGGCCUAGCAGAGGGAGAAGCAGGAGAAGCACUUAAAACAACACAAACGUCUUUCCACUACAUCGGUUUGUUUUAAUAAGUAGGAUUUUAUUUUAGGGUUCAAAGAAACAUGACAUUUAUCGGUCAGAUUAUUACACUGGUUGUCUAUUUUGUUAUUGUUUUAUUUUUGUUUUUAGAAAGGAUUAAUGUAAAAAAAAGAUUUAGAGAUCUGUUUCUUAAAGCUACAGGGUUUAAAAAUAAAAUAAAAAUGAGUGAAAAUACUUGAUGUUUCUUGAAAGAUAAAUUUAAUAAUAAUAAAUAAAUACAUAAAUAAUACAUAAAUAAAAAGAAAGCCACAGGCCUGUAAAUUUUAUUUGUAAAAAAAGCAUUUCUAUUUUUAUACAAAAUUUUUACUGCCUCAGAAAUAAUGGAAGUUAUUUAUUGCCUAUUGUUAACUUAUUGGGUACCUAAAGAGCAGUUCUCUGUCUAGCUAGAACCUUCUGAAGUAGUCUCUAGAGGAAUUGUUCUAGGAAUGGGCUUUUUCACCGUUGAACCCUAGACCUAAAGUUCAUGCUUUAUCCUCUCGUUGUUUGUAUCUGUCUGAUUAUUUUGUUCGUAAUUUCCAUUAUCUAGUUUACAGUUCAGUUGUCUGACUUCCCCGUAUGUUACCUUUGUUGAAACUGGACCCUCUUCCCUUUCCAGUCCCUCACCCCAAAACACCCAGAAUCCAUCCCUUCUCACUCUCCAGAUGGAUUCUCUUGGGGUUUCAUUGUGCUGUGGAAAAGAGUGUAAGAAAUGCAAAUUAUGUGAAUGGCUCGUAGACUCCCCGAAGACCUAAGAUUUGCAUUAGUUUUUCUCCUGCACCCUUAAAAGUGAUUUUGUUGCUGCUGCCUAGAUUCUGUGUAACUUUUUACUCUUCCUUGUUUUUUCCCUAGACAUCUUCAUGCCCGUUAGUUCAUCGUUUGCCUAGCAUGUCCCUGUGGCGUCUCAAAAAAAGUUUCAUCGUCCCGUCAUUGUUUCUGAUGUCUUUCUGACCUCACAUCAUAUUUGGUUCUCCUACUGACCUUUGAUCUAGUUUGACCUUUGAAAUUUGCAUGUGACCUCAUCUAGCUAUGAAUUCUGGGAAGUCAAUGUGAAAAACAUUGCUGCAUUCAUGCAAGACUGAAAUUAUUAGACAAAUUAAUUAUAGAAAAAAAACCUGUGGCAAAAAUGUUUCUUUCUUAUUUUUUUUUUCUUUCUUUUCAUAAAACAGACUUGAAAGUAUUAUACAGGGAUUGGCAUUCUUCCCGGUCACUGGUAACAAUAGCAAUAUGUGUCCAGGGACACAGAAUGUUGGUUUCUAACAGACUACUUCCAAAAACAGUUUGAGAAAAAAAACUGUCUGAUUUUAAGUCUCUAGAGGUCUGUAAUAGUUUUUACAUUUUUCAGGCAGUGUAAAGUUUUUUGAUAAGGCCAUUUUAGGUGGCUCACUUUCUCAUUAAGAUAUAUAUAUAGAACCACUUUUUGUAGAUUAGUAUAAGAAAAAUAUUUACCCUGUUUUGGGGCAAAUGCUACCUAUUUGUGUCACCUUUUGCUGAACUGACUCACAGUUAGACAAUCCAUGGUUUAAUGCACAUGAAAUUACCUAUAUUUUAUACUGUUUCAAUGUACAGGAGAAAGGUUACUGUAAACUGUGUUAUGUUGGUGCUUCCGUGAAUUAAGUUGUGGUUUCAUCAUGAGUCUUACGGUCUUAAUGUUCUCUGUUGAUAAGACAAGUUUAGAAUUGGUUUACUUAAAACAAAAAACAAAAAAAAAGAAUUUCAAAAAAAAAAAAAAAGUUGUUUGCUUAAAAAAUUUUUUUUUCAUGUGAGGAAAAAAAAAACUAUUCCAGAAUAAGUUUUGUGUUGGCUUGUGAAGCAUUGAUGUCAUUUUUUUUUAUUGUGGACUAUUUAGAUGUGUUUGUGUUCAGCAAAAUGUGAUCUGUUUUUUUUUUCUUUUAAAGAAAAAAAAGUGAAAAUAUAUAGUGCCAAAUUCCAAAGGUACUUCCUUCCUAGAGCUUCAGUGUGUUUCUUGUGAGAAGUAAUUUGAUAACAUGGGUAUUUUAUUAUGUGUUUUGUAUAAAUCCCUAAUAUUUAAAAAAAAAGGUUAAAAAGUUUGUUAACUUGCUAUUCUGUGGUCUUGUUGCCUGAAAUUGUUAUUGUUUGUUAUUUCUCUAUGAUGUUUUUUGUAAGACAUUGUAUAAGUGCCCAUGUCUCACUUUUUUAACCCCUCUGCACAUCAAGGCUGUGAAGGCACCCUCACAAUGUAUUUUCUUCAUACUAUAUGGAAACCUCUAAGGUGAGAAAGUUUUGAACUUUUAACCCUUUCUACCCAGAGCUAUCUGGAAUGUUGGUAACUUUUUAUAAACUGUCAUCACUUGAGUUUGUUUUGGGGUGUUCCUUUUUCCCGCCCGCAUAUAUCAGCUGAGUGAUAAAUUUUUACUACUUUCUUUUCCUUUGAGAGCCAAAAUUCCACAAGGCAAAUUUGAAGGGGGAAAAAUACUCAAACAUUCUCCAAAUUUUGUCCUAUGACAUUUUUACUUUUGAUUAUUUCUGUUUUUUUUUUUUUAAUUCCUAAUGUGCUGCUGGAAUUAGAAUUCCUAAUGUCCUGUGCUCCUUCUUCAGUUUGAAUGAAAAAACGGGGGGAAGUAGGUAGAUUCAGUUCCUAAAUAAACCUUAAAAAUGCCGUAUGCUUUUUGAGAACAGAUUUAGUGGUAUGUUCUAGUCUAGAAUAUUUUCAUAUAAUUACAGUCAGACAACUUUUGUGGUAGGACUGUCUUUUGAGGAAUUUUACUUUUGUGUUUUAAAUGCUCCUAAAUAACCUUCAGUYAGCUACUGUGCUGGGAAUUCUCUGACUCCAGUGGACGCCUCUGAACGAGCAAGGUGUCUCAAGGGAGAAGCCCAGAGCCCCCUCCCCUGCACUUUUUGCUUUCUGGUUCUUCAAYUGAACACACUGAUUGAACACAAAGGGGACUGGCCACAUAAGUAGAGCUGGGUUCUUGACCAAAUACCUUCCUGCUGCCACUUUUUAAAGUGCCAUAUUACUUUCACUUGGACUUUCUGUGAACAGAUACCUUGCUGUCUUGACAAACCUGAAUGUCAUACCUACAGCCCCAUCACAAAGCCCAGCCUUCCUGAAAGCCAGCCCUGGAAGCUUCUUGGUCUCAACUCCCUUUUCCUACCCGCCCUGUUUGGUCUAAUGUGCGUGUGGACGUGAUAGCCCUGGGAUGGAAAGGACUAGCCUCUAAUGAUGCAAAAAACAAAAACAGAAGUUUCCUUCUUACAGCACAUGCACUUCUAACGAAAUGAUUUGUAUUAUCCUCACACGUGUUUACUACUGCCGGGGCCUUCCUGCAGCCUCUGAGGGCUAUUUUGUACUUCCUGCAGCACUCAGCUUAGUAACAGGUUAUUGCACACGUCUCUCAUGUGUCAUGGUGGUGUAGAGAUACUUACACAGAAACGCAAGACAACACCAUUGGAAUUUCUUAGACCAUUUCAUUCCAAAUCUAUUCCUUUACYAAUUACAUUAAUCUCAAAGUUUGGUUUUUUGGUUUUUGGGGUUUUGUUUAUUUUUUGUUUAUUUUUUAUUUUUUUUUUUUUACCAAAGCAACUGCCCUCCUUUCCUCUUAACCCACCUGCAUCUCCCCCACAGAAAAACUGAGAGCAGUUGACAGGAGGCUCAGGGUGGGCACUUUGAGCGUUUCUGAUUUUGCAGGCAAUCAAGACAGUGUAUCUAAGAUGAAAGUCCUUUUUUUUUGGGGGGGGGGAUUGGUUUUGCAUGUUUCAUUGUUAAAAAAAAAAAAACCCUCCUCAGAGACAAACUGUCCUUUUUAUCUUUUAAUAUCAAAAGGAAAACAGCUGCGAGGGUGCAAAGGGCCUGUGCCAGGAGACAAAACACGCAGGGAAGUGACUUUUUUUAAAUCAAGUGUAGAGAAUAGUCAUUUUUAAACUAAAUUAGAGAAUUGUGACAAAAUGGCAGUCCUCAAAGGCGUAACAAGUUCAUCUUUCUUUCACCAUAGGGGUUAUAGUUCUUUGGCUUGUGCUACUCUGGAAUCAUUUUACUGUUUCUGUUUUUAUUAAGUGCUAAUUAAAAAGAAGAAAUAAAAUUUUAAAAAAACCUGUAGUUUCAUUACCUUUUUGAAUAAUGUCAUACAAAAAAUGUAUUUGUGUUUUUUUGUGCUGUGAGAAUUGUUGUUUGUAGAUUAAUAAUAUCAUUUUGUUUAGAAUUACAAAAUAGUUUUUAAAUAUUGUCUGAGAAAAGCCAAAGUUAAUGCAACCUAGUGGAAACUGUAAGACCAUUUGAGUAUUGUUUCUGUUUUAUUGAUGCAUUUGGAUUUUGUUGUUUGAUGGAAUUUGAGCCAAAAAAAAAAAAAAUACGCAGGCUUUCCUAUUUCUACAACUGAUUGUACUUAUGCAUUUUGUACCAGUGGAACUUUUUAUACUGGAGAUUAAAAAAAAAAUGGAAAUUUUUGUGGCUUACUCUCGUGGGCCCCCUGACAAUGACUGAUUUCAAGUUUGAUUUCUGGUUGAUAGAAAGAAAGUUGCUUUUCUUUUGAGAAUUAAAAACUUUGGCUUGAUUUCUUUUUUCCCUUUGCUUAUAUCUAGCAUUAGAAUUUUGUCUUAAAAUACAGCGGUAAGUUUCACUUUUUAUUCUGUAUUGUGCAGUUACACAAUAAGGUAAUUAGAUUUAGAAGUACUCAGUCACCUUAAGUGGAUAAAUGUAUUAGUUAAACUUUAGGGGUUUGCUUUUUUGCUGUUUAGAUCAAAGUUUUUUCUGAUUCUUCUGUCCUCAUUGUGAACAUAACCGUGUAGUUGAAACAGUCAAACUUAUUUUUGUAAUGUAUGUUACUGUGUGAUGCGGUUUUUGGCUUCUGUCUCCAAUAUUAAACCAUUUUCCUAAUA